CGACUAAGCCUUUUUUUUUUUUUGAAAGUAGAUUGAAAGAUAGUGGUCAGGACGAGCACCGAUGAUGAUGAUGGGUGGGUUAAAAAACAAAUUUUAUUGCUAUACAGGAUCUGAUUUGUCGUGUACGUCUGUCUGAGUAGCAGCGCGGAACACCUGGGGCAAACUGACACUUUUGGACAUUUUAAACCUGAGGCUUGGGCUUCAGCCAUCAUUCCUGCCGUAACAGAGUUAAAAAUGGAAGAGCUUCACACUCACUGUGUUUCGUGUGUGAACCGGCGGUGUAUGGUCAAGCCCGAGCCUGGCACGUCCUGCGACCUCCAUGCCUGCCCGCUGGUUUGUGGCGCUGUUUAUCACAUCUGUAAAGAAGACGAGCAUCGCUUACUAUGCUCACUCGAGCGGGUACCCUGCCUCAACCACAGCAUCGGCUGCCCUUUUACACUGGCUCGAGGCAAGAUGGCAGAGCAUCUCGAGGUGUGUCCGGCUGGUGUGGUGUGUUGCACCAUGGAGUGGAACCGGUGGCCAGUGAAUGACGAGGACUACCGUUCCUAUGAAAGGUUGAGUCGGGAAGCAGACGAGGAAGAACAGCUAGACAUGGCUCUUGCCUUACAGGACCAGCGCACUAUGCUGGCCUCACUCAAACUUGUAUCUCUCGCUCCCACGAAUUGUCCUGAGAAAAAACCUCAGCUUGCAGAGGUGCGCGAAAAGCCUGGCGUAACCGCAGUUUCCACCAUUCCACUUGAGGAAGACAUGGAUGGGGCCACUGUUUCAUCUUGCUCAAAAGAAAUAAUCAGCAAUGGGAUUAACGGAUUGAAUGAGGAGCAUUAUAGCGAGCUUUACCAAACCACGGUAGAGACAACCAAAAGUCUGUCUGCUGCUUUGAAUGUUCUGAUACACCUCAAUGCCACGGACAAGCAGAAUCCAACUACAAGUGUUUCAGCAGUGCAACCAGAAUUAAAUGGAGAGGUACAUGAAGUGUUACUUAUGAAAGAAGACAAAGGGUCCAAGUGCGAUAAAAUAGCCAGUGGGGUUAAAGGUUUAAGCGAGGAGUUGCAGCCUCAACGGCACGAAACCUUGAGGGAAUUAGGGAGAAAUUUGGUAUCUGCUCUUGACGCACUCGGAAAUGCUGUCAGAGGCUCUGGACCAAGCUGUACAGCCAGUGAGACAAAUGGUGGAAUCCAUCAGACAGAUACUCUUGAAUGUGCAGACUGUGAAAUGAAAGAUAGUACCCCUGAAAAUGAGGUUGAGUCUGGGGCAGUUGGAGGAAUUGAUGACUGGGAUUUGGACCAACUUGAUGGGCACACCGGUAACGAACUUUGCCAAGAAUCUUCAACCCAACUAGGAGAUGAGCAAAGUGUGUGUAUCAGUUGUCACAAUGCUGUAGAAUCUAAAAAAUCACAGGACCAUACUAUGGAAGCAGAUGAGAUUGAUGAGGGUUCAGAGCAUGGUGGUUCUUGGGAGUUUGUUGAACCUUUAAUUCCACACAGACCAGAAAUGAGACAUGAGUUAGCCGCUGUUGUGAUGCAAGCGGCAUCUGGAUCCCAGGCUCCACUCUUACAGCCGCCUGUGCACGCCCAGGCUCUGGUUGUUCCCAGGGACAGUGUGCUGCAUUCCAUGGCAUUAGACUUUGAAGAUAAGGCUUUUGAGAGAAAACUCCAAAACCUUCAGUUACUCCGCAAUUUUAUGCCUCUUGCACUUAACAUACGGAAGGGUUGCUUUACUGAGAGCUUCCCACAAAGACAGCAUGGUUGUAAGAUGGAAGACAAAGCUGUGGACACAUCCGAUCUGGAGCAGGAGCCUCAGGCCGACCCCUUAGGCCUUGGUGAGAUCGACUUCACAGCUGCAGCAUUGCUUUUUUGCCUGGAGGAGUCACCACGUGCCCGCAGAAUCUCUGACACCGUCUACACCUUUGGUGGCUCACGUGUCGAUUUCGGCACUCAGACUUUCAGUUUCCCUGCUGCCAUCCUGGCGACCAACACCAUGGUCGGAGAAGUGGCGUCUGCUUCAGCUUGCGAUCGAGCCGCGCCACGUCUCUCACAGCCAAGUCCCUUUUGUACAUUACGAUUAGACCUGACUCUGGAGCAGCUGGUGCCGCGACCCAGCUGGGCCCCACGAGAAGGCUCCAUGUUCACAUUUGAAUGUGGCCAGCUGUUCCGCCGAGAUGAGUUCCUCUCACACUUCCAUAACGUCCAUGGAGACAUCCACUCGGGGCUGAACGGCUGGAUGGAGCACCGCUGCCCCCUGGCCUAUUAUGGCUGCACCUAUUCCCAACGCAGGUUCUGCCCAACCAGGCAGGGAUCAAAGAUCAUUCAUGACCGACACCUCAGGUCGUUUGGGAUACAGCCUGUGAUAGACAUAUUACUAGAGACUGGGUGUGAUCGGCUAAGUGCGUUGCCCUUCGAGAUUCUGCAGCAUGUGGCACGGUUUCUGGAUGGUUUCAGCUUGUGCCAGCUGUCCAUGGUGUCGCGGACCAUGAGGGAUGUGUGCGCGAGUCUGCUGCAGACACGAGGCAUGGUGGUAGUACAGUGGGAAAAGAGGCAGUAUCCUGAUGGCAGGCAAUCCUGGCAGAUAAAAGACAAGGUGUGGCGAUUCAGUACAGCCUUCAGUCCUGUGACCAGGUGGGAGUUUGCGGACAUUUCCAGCAUGGCAGACCACCUGAAACGCUGCCCGUACAACGAGGUCCAUAGACAAGUGGAGGCUGUGCCACUGCCGUGCAUGUGCACGACCAGGGAGCUGACCCGAGGCGGCCGAUCGCUCCGUUCAGUUCUCAAGCCAGUAUUAUAACAAAUACCAGAGCGAAAGAGCUAUAACACUACCUUACCUAACCUAACCUUUUCAAUCGAUAAUAUCCACAGUUGUGUACAUAAGACAAUUUUUUUUGGGGUUCAGAUUAUUUUUAUAUAUAUAUAUAAGUAUAUGGUAUAUAAAUCUAACAACUGCUUGGUCUAUGAUCAGUUUUAAUGACACGUGCACUGAGAAAGAUUUCCAGUGUUUGCCUUGUUUCCUUGUUGCACAGAAAUGUGUGGUAAUGUCUAAAGCUGUUCCACCCCCCCUUUGAGGUAACACUGAAAGGACAUUACUUCAACUUACUCGAGUAGAAAUAAAAAUCGAAGAGCCUUAAGCUGUGUAUUUCGAUUCGUAUAAUUUGUAGAUAGGAUCAGUCUUGCUUCCAGGGAGUGUUAGGGUGUGUUAGGGUACGUCAUGUCUGUCUGCUCCAUGUGAUGAGAUCGGACAAGAUCCUUACAAGAGGAAUCAUCUUUUCAGAACAAGCACCAGUGGAGCUAACAGUGAAGGAAAGAUGCUUUUGAUUAUGAAUAUAAUUUGGUGCACUGCUGAUAGCUUGCCUUUAUCAGCUGUCAAUUAGUGUUAGUGAUGUACUGUGCAGGUUCCCAACCUUGUAUUUUGGAGUUCCUACUCAGGAAGUAACCCCAGUCCUACUCAACCCCCAACUCAGGAAGGGUUCUUAAGUAACUGAUGGCUUACAUGAAGUGUUAGAGCAGGGAAAAACACUAAAAUAUCCAUGUCGUGUCAGCCUGGGCGGCUGAUGUUGCAUCAAGUUUCAUUUUCUGUUUUAAUUUUCUCGCAGCAAUACUCAGUGAUUCUGAUGCCUGAUGGAAAAAAAAGUUUCGUUUAGUAAAGGUGUUGAGUUACUGUACAGUCAGUUGGACGAUGAGACACAGACAAUCUGGAUGCCAUUCUAUACUAAUAUGAUGUAAUUUUUUCACCUUAUAAGCUGAUAUAUGUUUAUAUAUACACACUAAAGUCUGCCACACUUGGAAUCUUUGUUCAACCCAGAGACUGUCGUCAUCAUCUUCACCUACCACUUUGAUUUUAGGAGAAAAUGACAGUGCCACUUUUGAAAGACACUACACAAGCACUUAAUACAUUUCUGUAAACAUGAUAUGUAGCACCUUGGUAAAUAAUCUAAACACAUAAAAACAUAAAGGUUUACAUGCAAAAAAAUGUGUUAAAUGUCCGUGUUCAUGUUCACAAGUGCAUGUUGAAUGUUAUGAUAUGGGGAUCGUCACAUUAAUUUCUGAAAGCUUUAUGGUAAAUGCAGGGAAUCGGUGGUUUCUUUUCAACAAUUGCAACGUUUUCAGUCACAUCCAGAGCUGAAUAUGAUUCAUGAUUGAGAUUGGGAAGAACCUGUUUAGCUCAUAACCCAAAGCCAAGUUUUUGUGUGUGUGUGUUUGUGUUUAAUAACGAUGAAGGCCUUAUGGAGUGUUACUCUUGCUGCUGCUGCUGCUGCUGAAGAAGUGUUUGCCUGACCAGACCAAGCGUGCUGGCACCAAUGAUCUGAAGAAUAAGCCAGGACACUGUUUAGUCUGGACCUGCAUGUGUUUUUGGUUGUGUUGAAUAAAAAAGAUAUUUUAUCAA